AUGAAGAAAAAAUUCAUGGAAUUCAAAAUAGAACAGAUUUCUCGAGAAGAGAACACCCGGGCAGAUUUAUUGGCACGAGUUGCCAGUGCAGUGGAACAAACGUGGAGUGAUGAGAUUACGCUGCUCUGUGACUACAGAGAAAUGGGGACUUCCCAGGUUCUUGCGGUGGAAAUUCGGGAUUAUUGGCGGACUCCAAUUAUACACUUUCUUAAGACAGGGGAGCGACUGAACAAAGAAUCCAAUCAGAGGGCUCGAUACAAGAAUUAUUGCUUGAUCAAUGAGCAACUCUACAAACCUUCCUUCACACAUCCCUUACUUAAAUGUUUAUCACCUGAGGAGGCUAACUUUGCUUUGACAGAAAUUCAUGCAGGUUGUUGUGGUGGGCACACGGGAUUCAGGGAUCUCAUACGAAAAACCAUUCGGGCAGGGUUCUAUUGGCCAACCAUCACCAAGGAUGCCAGAGAAUUCAUUUGUAAAUGCGAAGCUUGUCAGAGACAUGCCGGAAAAAUCAACGUUCCAGGGGAGACAAUGGGAAUAAUGUAUGCUGCUUGCCCAUUUGAUAAAUGA